CAACGUGGAACCUAGUACUCCUUUGAGACGUUUCCGGAAGAAAGAUCUAGCAAACGCUCGUGUUGUGAACCAAGUCGACAGAAAGUUCAUUGCAUGUUUGAUCGACAACAGCUUGGAUUCCGAUAUUCUAGACGCCGGCGAGAAUGAUUGCGUCAACCGCAGUGACGAGGCCAAAGGAAAAGCUCUGGUGCUAAUUGAUCAGCAUGCAGCAGACGAGCGUAUACGUGUUGAACGAUUUCUAAAGGACCUCUGUUUAGGCUUUUUGCGAUACAGAGAGACGAGCGAUGGCGUUGAAACCAGGAAACUGUCCCCCUUGGUACCCGUACUCCUUACGCGUCAUGAAGCAUUGUGUCUAGCAAGAGAAGAACGAUUCCGGAAGGCCUUCAGGAGUUGGGGUAUCCACUUCGCAGAUCUGCAACAUGUCCUGCAAAUUGAUAUUGAUGAGGAUCAAUUACAUGGUGAAAGUAACGAAGGAUAUAUUCAGGUCUUUGUAAGUGCUAUACCUGAUGUAGUUGGCGAAAAG